CUAUAAAUAUUUCUAAUCAUGAUUAAAUAUUUCAUCAUAUGCAUAUGAGAAGUAUUUUUCAGCACAUAAUAGAGAAGAAGCGAAUUAAUCAGGAUAAAGUAAACAACUAACACAAUCUAAUAGUAGAUUUGGAUUGUCAUUUAAUGGACUUAAAAUCAAUAAAAAAUUAUACCAUUUCAGACAUUAUUUAUUGUAUUAAAAGUAUCCAUAUUCACAUUAAAUAUUUUAUUAUUAGCAAGAAUAAUAACCUUUAAUAUCACAAUUGAUCUCUUAAUUAAUUAAUUAUAUGGUCUUAAAUUAUUCAAUAUAAUCUAAUAAUCAUUACAAAUAUACUUUUACAAACUGGAUUCUCAGAUAUCUCCAAGAAUCCAUUUUUGCAUAGACAAGAAUUUGCUUACUCAACAUAAACUCUAUUAUUAUUUGUAGAACAACUUAGACAAUCAUAAUUAGAAGUCCCUUUACAUGUUAAGCAUGAAUAAUGGCAUUAAAAAUCAAGAGUUUCUUCAAACUCAGAACAAAAUGUUUAUAAUUUCCAAUUAUUUAAUUAUCCUUCAAAUUUGUUUUUAUAAAUAUCAUCUCCUCCAAUAUGAAAGUAAAGCUUUGUAUUCUUAAAAUAGUGUAUUUCAUCAUUCCAAUGAAAUUGAUAGAAGUUCACUUCAUUUGGGAAAUAAAUUCUAUAAAUAGGUUAGCCUUAAUUUAAAUUAGAUCCAACUUCAAAUUAACAGAAAUGCCAUUCACUUAAUAAUUCAGCAUAAUUUUUAUCGAAAACUGUUAAAAUUAAUUCUGCGGGAGUUACAUAAGAUUAUGAUUUAUACGGUAUCUAAUAACUAUAAGUGUGUAUUUCCAAUCCAAUUAGAUUUUCAUCUUUAUUAUGAUGAUAAAUAACAUAGAGUAAUUUAUUUCCAAUUAUACCAUCAUUACUAUAGUCUUAGUUUAUAGAUAAUCUUAAAAGAAGUUGAUUUUUAACCUAAGAAAAAC